AUGAGUGGCAGAUCAAGGAAAACGGUCCCGAACGGCACGGCGGUCGAGUCACCCGCGUUCGACGUCGGCGGCCACCGCUGGAAUGUACAGUGCUACCCGAACGGCGACCGCAAAGAGGCCGACGGCUCCACGUCCAUCUUCCUUACCAGCCUCGGCGACGCGACGGCAGAGUUCAAGCUUAGCGUGCUCGACCACGACGGGGAGCCCUCGGUCAAUGGAGCCGUGCAGCAGCAACGCUACUCGGCUAAUCGCUACUGGGGCUGGAUAAAGUUCCUCGACAAGGAAAAUCCCAACCAUAAUAAGCAUCUCGAGGAUGAUUGCCUCACGGUCCUUUGCGACGUCACCGUCGACCCCGGGCUGCGCGCGGAAGCCGAGGUGGCGGCGGCGCCGCCGUUCGACCUGCGCGGGCAGCUUGCGGAAGCCCUCUGGAACAAGCACCCAGCCGACGUGACGGUCCAUGUCGGCGGCGAGACCUUCGCCGCGCACCGGUGGGUGCUGGAGGCCCGGUCCCCCGUCUUCAGAGCGGACCUCGAGGGCAACGCCACCGGCGAGCUACGGGUCGACGACAUGGACGCGGAGGUGUUCAAGACCCUGCUCCAGUUCAUGUACACGGACAGCGCGCCGAAGCUCGAUACAAUGCCGGACAACCAACUUCCUGACAUGAUGAACCAGCAACUCGAUCAGGCCGAGACAACGUCGACGGCGGAGCGGCUGCUCGUGGCGGCGGACAGGCACGGGCUGGAGGACCUGAAGCGCGCCUGCGAGAAGGCGCUGCGGCCGCGCGUGGACAUGGGCUCUGUGGCCGCCAUGCUGGCGCUGGCUGAGCGGCAUGGCUGCGCCGUGCUCAAGGAGGCGUGCAUGGAGUUCCUCCAUUGUCCCGGUAAUCUGAAAUCAUUCAUGGCGACCGAUGGAUUUGAGCAGCUCAGGACAAGCUGCCCUGCUGCGGCGCUGGAGCUCGUCAUCAAACAGUUGCCGUGA